CACAACUCACUAUCCCCAAGAAGAAGAAGAAGAAGAAGAAGAAGAGAGAGAGAGAGAGAGAGAGAGAGAUGAAGUUAGUUUGGUCACCAGAAACAGCUUCAAAAGCUUACAUUGAUACUGUUAAAUCUUGUGAACUUUUCCAAGAGUCUGGUGAGGCCGAGUUCAUCUCCGCCAUGGCAGGCGGCUGGAACGUGAAGUUGAUCGUGGAAGCGUAUUCCCAUGGCUGUGCAAUGGCAACAAGUGUAGGCUUAGCCAUAGCUGCCCGCCACACCGGCGGUCGCCAUGUUUGUAUGGUCUCAGAUGAAAGCUCAAGAUUACACUACAUCAAUGGCAUGCUUGCAGCAGGCAUAGCACUGCCCGAAGUGGUGGUCGGAGCGGCUGACGAGAUUGUGGUAGGGCUGGUGGACAUUGAUUUUCUGGUGGUCAAUGGGCAGCACAAGGACUUCGGUAGAGUGAUUAGGUUAGCUAAGCUGAGCCAUACAGGUGCAGUUUUAAUAUGUAAGAGUUUUGGGCAACAGACCAUGGCUAGGUUCAGAUGGAGUGGGGUUCUUGGUAGCAAUACACGUGUCGUGAGAUCAGUGGUGUUGCCAGUUGGAAAGGGGUUAGAUAUUGCUUAUGUAGAAUAUAAUGGUGGGACUACGAAUUCUCCGAAGCGUACCAGCCGUUGGAUUAGACACAUCGAUCAACGAUCAGGUGAAGAACAUUUGUUUCGAGGUUAAAUUUUGACUAAUAAUACGAUUGUACCAUA